AUGAAUAAAAGAUAUAUUAAAAUUUCUUUGGUACUUUUAAGUGUAGCUGGACAUAUGGAGAAUAUGGCAUUUGCAACCGAAUAUGCUUCAAGCCGCGAUUCCUUCUAUAAUGAUGUUACAGAUGCUAAAAAAGCUAUAGAAUUUAUAGAACCUAUAGAAUUUAUAGAAGAUCAAGAAGUUAUAGAAGCUAAAAAAGCUAUAGAAGCUAAAGAUGCUAUAGAAAUUAUAGAAGAUCAAGAAGUUAUAGAAGCUAAAAAAGCUAUAGAAGCUAAAGAUGCUAUAGAAAUUAUAGAAGAUCAAGAAGUUAUAGAAGCUAAAAAAGCUAUAGAAGCUAAAGAUGCUAUAGAAAUUAUAGAAGAUCAAGAAGUUAUAGAAGCUAAAAAAGCUAUAGAAGCUGAAGAAGCUAAAAAAGCUAAACAAACUAAACAAAAUAUACGAACUAAUCAAACUAAACGAAUUAAAGAAAGUAUACAAGCAGCAGAGGUUAUGGGCGAAGCUUUAGAUCUUGCAGAAGAACAUGCCGAACAUACAUAUGAUUACAAAUUAUAUUUUAAGGACGAUGACGGAACAAAUCUAUAUUUUAAGAAAUUCAAUAAUACUGAAAUUGGAAAGCUUGAAUUUACAAUCCCCAACCCCGAUCGUUAUGAUGCUGUAGUAAACAGGUUAUGGGAUCCCAAUGGCGCAAAGAACUUUGAUGAUAAAUUCAUUAAAGGAUAUAUCCCUCGAGUAUACUAUCGAAAUUUAGUAAUUGUACAACAACGUUACAAAGGUUCAAAUGAAUCAUUGGCAACAUAUUUUAAUGCACUAGCUAGCAAAAUUGAAUUAUCAGAAUACGAAACUGCAAUAGUCUUGGUUUCACCAGAUAUAAAUGAUCAUAAUGGUGCACCCUGUAUACAAUAUGUAAAUCCUAUCGUAGAAAGUGCAAACUCAUUCAAGCCUGAUAUAAAAUCUGGAAAAAGUAUUAGAAAUGGAAAAUUAUUCAAAGUGUAUGUUAACUUAGUAGCAGUUUUCAUCAAAAAGAAAACCGAUUGCGUUAAAAUUACCUACCUUAGCUCUCUUGAUCUAAAAACUUCCCCCAAUACCCCACAAGACAUUGUUAGAAAAAAUAUGGCCAACAUUAUGUUAAGUAUUGUCAAAUUAAAGGAUAUUUUUAAAAAGAAGUAA